GUUCAAUCCGCCCUGUGACUUUUCCCCUCAUUCUCUCCUCCGCGCCGGACCACCGAUGAAAGCCGUGAUUCUUGCCGCCGGGUACGGGACCAGGCUGCAGCGGGAUGUGGUGGCCGACAGCAGCGGGAGGUUCGCUCACCUGGUCGGGACCGCCAAGCCUCUUCUGCCGGUGGGAAGCAGAGCCCUGAUAUCGCACUGGGUCCACGCGCUGACCCGGUCCCACUGCGUGGACUGCGUCCAUGUCGUCACCAACGCCGUUUACCUCGCUGCUUUUCAAGAGUGGGCAUCACAUUUCACAAAUGUCAAGAUUGUCAGCGAUCAGACCAGAAGCAAUGAUGACCGUCUUGGUGCUGUGGCCUGCUUGCAACUUGCCGUGAAGCACUUCAGCAUAGAAGACCAUGUCCUUGUAAUUGGGGGUGACACACUCUUCAAAGAAGAUUUCAGCCUCAGUAAAGUAACAGGGAGGUUUUCUGACCUCCAAGCGAAGGACGAGAACAGCUGUCUGGUGCUCUCGUACCAGUGCAAAGAAGAGGAAACUCAGAAAUACGGGAUAUUGGAAGUAGGCAGCGAUCUUCGCGUCCUCUGUAUGAAGGAGAAACCGCUUCCUUCCGAGACAAAGUCGAGGAGUGCAUGUCCAUGUUUCUAUGUGUUCUCAAAGAAAAGUCUUCCUCUGUUGGAUCAAUUUCUUGAGGAAAAGAAGGAGGCUCCUAUUGACGAGAAAGAUGCUCCGGGAAACUUUGUGUCUUGGCUCAUUCCGAGAGAGCCUGUAUACAGUCAUCAGAUUGCCGGGCGUUUCGAUGUUGGAAACUUGCCUUCCUAUAUUGAAUGUGACCUUUAUUUCAGAGAAAAACUUCAAGAUGUUGAGUCUUACAUGGUCUAGAGGAAAUAAGAAUCUAUAAUUCAAUGUUAAGUGAUCCACACACCAGCGCGUUAUAAAUCAAAUGACCAAAUUCAAGAAUUGUAACUGUAAAUAAACCUUUAAUAUGAAUUCUGAUUGUAUAAUAAAUAUUUUCAUGA